AUGGAGUCUCCGCUCUCCAAAGCGCCUCAGAAAAGGCAAGUGACCAUCUUUAUUUUCUUGUUUCUACUGUGGGAGGUGGGCAGUGUAACCGUUAAGUAUUCCAUUCUAGAAGAAAGAGACAGCGGUUCUUUUGUGUCCAACCUAGAAAACGAUCUAGGGCUGGGCAUAGGGGAGCUAGCCAAGAGGGGCGCCCAGAUUCUUUCCCAAGGGAACAGACAGCACUUAGAGCUUGAACAAAAGAGUGGGAAUUUGCUCCUAAAAGAAAAAUUGGAUCGAGAGGAGUUGUGCGGGGACACAGAUCCAUGUAUACUGCAUUUCCAGGUGUUAGUGAAAAACCCGGUGCAGUUUAUUCAAGGUGAACUACACCUCCAAGAUGUAAAUGACCAUGCCCCAGAAUUCUUGGGAAAGGAAAUCCUCCUUAAAAUCGCGGAAAGCAGCCAACCAGGGACUCUGUUUCCUUUGGAAAUAGCUCAAGAUUUGGACGUUGGUAGCAACACAGUUCAGAACUACAUAAUUAGCAGCAACUCCCAUUUUCACCUUCUCACUCGCAAUCACAGCGACGGCAGGAAAUAUCCCGAGCUGGUGCUGGAGAAAGCCCUGGACCGAGAGGAGCAACCCGAGUUCAGGUUAACCCUCACAGCUCUGGAUGGUGGGUCUCCGCCCAGAAAUGGAACUUGCCAGGUUCUCAUCCUGGUUCUGGACAUCAAUGACAAUGCCCCUGAAUUUGCUCAAGGACUCUACCAGGUGCAGGUCCCAGAGAACAGCCCUGUAGGUUCCCUUGUCAUAAUCGUCACCGCUAGAGAUUUAGAUGCUGGGAUCUAUGGGGAGCUCACCUACUCAUUUUUCCAAUCACCAAAUCAAGUCAUUCAGGCCUUUGAAAUAAAUAAAGCCUCAGGAGAAAUUAGAUUAAAAAAACUGUUGGAUUUUGAAGAAAUUGACUCUUACCACAUAGAAAUUGAGGCCUCAGAUGGUGGAGGUCUUUCAGGAAAAUGCACUGUCGACAUAGAAGUGAUGGAUGUAAAUGACAACGCCCCUGAACUGGCUAUGUCAUUACUUAUCAAUGAUAUCCCAGAAAAUUCCCCAGAAACUGUAGUUGCUAUUUUCAGAAUUUCAGAUCCAGACUCUAAAGAUAACGGAAAAAUGAUGUGUUCCAUUCAAGACCAUCUACCCUUUAUUCUGAAACCCACAGUAGAAAACUUCUACACUUUGGUCACAGAAGGAGCGCUGGACAGAGAAACCAGAGCCCAGUACAACAUCGUCAUCACCGUCACCGACUUGGGGACACCCAGGCUGAAAACCGAGCACAAUAUAACUGUCCUCAUCUCCGACGUCAACGACAACGCCCCUGCCUUCUCCCAAACGUCAUACACACUGUUGGUGCGUGAGAACAAUCAACUCGCCCUGCACAUAGGCAGCAUCAGUGCCACAGACAGAGACUCAGGCACCAACGCCCAGAUCACUUACUCACUGCUGCCAACCCAGGACCCGCACCUGCCCCUCGCCUCGCUGGUCUCCAUCAACGCAGACAAUGGGCAGCUGUUCGCGCUGAGGGCGCUGGACUUCGAGGCCCUGCAGGCAUUCGAGUUCCGCGUGGGCGCCACAGACCAAGGCUCGCCCGCGCUCAGCAGCCAGGCGCUGGUGCGCGUGGUGGUGCUGGACGAAAAUGACAACUCGCCUUUUGUGCUGUACCCAAUGCAGAACGCCUCUGCGCCCUGCACCGAACUGGUACCCAGGGCAGCAGAGCAGGGCUACCUGGUCACCAAGGUGGUGGCGGUAGACAGAGACUCAGGCCAGAACGCCUGGCUGUCAUACCAGCUGCUCAAGGCCACGGAGCCAGGGCUGUUUGGCGUGUGGGCACACAAUGGCGAGGUGCGCACCGCCAGGCUGCUGAGCGAGCGCGACGCGGCCAGGCACAGGCUGGUGGUGCUGGUCAAGGACAAUGGUGAGCCUCCGCUGUCUGCCAGCGUCACGCUGCACGUGCUGCUGGUGGAUGGCUUCUCCCAGCCCUACCUGCCGCUCCCGGAAGUGGCGCCCGAGCGCGCGCAGGGGGACUCGCUCACUGUCUACUUGGUCAUCGCCUUGGCGUCGGUGUCAUCGCUCUUCCUCUUCUCUGUGCUGGUGUUUGUGGCGGUGAAGCUGUGCAGGAGGCGCAGGGCGGAGCCCUUGGGUGUCUGCUCUGUGCCUGAGGGCCACUUUCCUGGCCACCUGGUAGAUGUCAGUGGCACCGGGACCCUGUCUCAGAAUUAUCGAUAUGAAGUUUACCUGGCGGGAAGCUCUGAGACUAGUGAGUUCCAAGUUCUUAAACCAAUGCUCCCCAACUUACUGGGUGAAGGUGCUGAUAAGAAUACCGAAGAAAACCGUAACUUGAGGAAUCAUUUUGGGUUCAAUUAG